AUGUCUUGUAGCCGGGUAUUCCACACCAGCUGCCUUGCGCUUCUGGUACAGCUGCUCUGUCUGGAGGCAGUGCCCAUCAGUGUGGACAAGACCAAGGUGAACCAGCCGGAGGACAAAGCCUCAGAGCCGCCACCAAGUGUGGUAAGAGCUGGUGAAGGAUCACAUACCAAGCAUGCACAGUGGAGAAACAUGGCAGGCAUAGCAGCCCUAACAGACAUGAUAAAAGCAGUAAUUUGUGCUUCCAGUACAAGCUCAGACCAGUUAUACUAGUAACGUAUACAGACUGAACUGAAGGUCUAUUGAAUGAUGCAUGAGCUAGUAUGCAUGUUAUGUUAUGCAUACUACUACCACUUACAACAUUAUUUCAUGUAACAGGACACUGGACUCCACUAUGACCGUUAUCUCAGGGAAGUGAUUGAUUUUCUGGAAAAAGACCAGCAUUUCAGAGAGAAGCUCCAUAACACAGAUAUGGAGGACAUCAAGGUAUUCUAACAGUGUCCUGCUCAUUCUUGUCCUUCUGACUCUCUCAUUGAGUCAUUAGUCAUGAAAAAUGCAAAACAGCAGCAGUAUGAUAAUCAUUACAUCACGUUUCCUACAGAUGGGGAAGCUGGCCAAAGAGCUGGACUUUGUCAGCCACCAUGUAAGGACACAACUGGACGAACUAAAAAGGCAGGAGGUUAGCCGGCUACGGACACUGAUCAAAGCCAAGCAAGACAUCGAAGGAGGGAACGGUAUGCUGCCCAGUGAAAACACCAUUAAUAUGCCUUAAGUGCUAUACUGUUAACAUCUAAAAACACUAGGGUGUGUGGGCGAGUGACCAAGAAGUACAUUUUUGAGGCAAAGGUCUCAGGAGGACGUGGUUAGUGCAGCGUCAGUGUUGAGUCAGCUACUUACUUGUGAAACAUGCUUCUGAAUAUGUUAUCUCUGUUUCAAAUCACAAUAGUAACAGCACAGUAUUAGACACAACAGUAACGUCUCACUUAAACCACUAAUUGGCAGGAUUACAGGCUAGUACCGAUGCACACAGGGUUAUUGAGCUUUGACCAACAGCAACACAACCCUGCAGCACGGGAUAACUAUUACAGUGCCUAUGUGUGUAAUGAUUCUGUUAAACCUCACUCACAGAUAUGGCAGUAGACCACCAAGCUCUGCUGAAACAGUUUGAGUACCUGAACCACAUGAAUCCUCACACCUUUGAAGUGGAGGAUCUGGACAGACUCAUCAAAUCAGUAAGUAUAAUGUAGACAACAUGGCAUUUUUUCAUGGUACAUACAUACAAUACCUUAAUGAAGUACCUGUAGUCUUCUUCUCCUUCAAGACAUUUUAACUCUCAUCCUUCAUUUGACCACAAGGCCACAAACGAUCUGGAGAACUAUGACAAGGAGCGCCAUGAGGAGUUCAAGAAGUACGAGAUGAUGAAAGACCAUGAGCGAAGCGAACACCUCAAGACUCUAGAUGAUGAAGGGAGGAAGAAGGAGGAAGAACAUUACGAGGAGAUGAAGAAGAAACAUGCAGACCAUCCCAAAGUCAACCAUCCAGUAAGUCCAACUACACUCGGAUGCUAUGUUAACUGUGCGUUUCAGUGCUCAGUCUGUUUGUGCUCACAUGGUCUAGCCAGUCUCUAGACCAGGGAUGGGCAACUUUGAUGGGGGUGGGGGCCACAAUAAAUCUGAACUCAUCAUGAGGGGUCGCAUUGGCUCGAGGGUCUGUGUCUAACAAUGUUUAGCUGACAUGGUCUAAAUGAGUGACUGUCAGUGACUGACAUAACAAGAGAAAAACUGCUGAUGCACAACCACAUUUCGAAAUUGCACCUUGUGUAUUCUACUAUUCUAACUCCCAACAGUAAGUUGAGACCCCAAAUGAGUUCCUUAACAAUAUACACUGAGUGUACAAAACAUUAGGAAUACCUGCUCUUUCCAUGACAUAGACUGACCUGGUGAAAGCUAUGAUCACUUAUUGAUGUCACUUGUUAAAUCCAAUUCAAUCAGUGUAGAACAAGGGGAGGAGACAAGUUAAAGAAGGAUUUUUAAGCCUUGAGGCAAUUACAUUUACAUUUUACAUUUUAGUCAUUUAGCAGACGCUCUUAUCCAGAGCGACUUACAGGAGCAAUUAGGGUUAAGUGCCUUGCUUAAGGGCACAUCGACAGAUUUUUCACCUAGUCGGCUCGGGGAUUAGAACCAGCGACCUUUCGGUUACUGGCACAACGCUCUUACCCACUAAGCUACCUGCCGCUUGAGACAUGGAUUGUGUAUGUGUGCCAUUGAGGGUGAAUGCGCAAGACAAAAUAUUUAAGUGCCUUUGAACGAGGUAUGGUAGUAGGUGCCAGGCGCACCGGUUUGAGUGUGUCAAGAACUGCAACCCUGCUGGGUUUUUCACACUCAACAGUUUCCUGUGUGUAUCAAGAAUGGUCCACCACCCAAAGGACAUCCAGCCAACUUGACACAAGAGUGGGAAGCAUUGGAGUCAACAUGGGCCAGCAUCCCUGUGGAAUGCUUUCGACACCUUGUAGUCUAUGCCCCAACGAAUUGAGGCUGUUCUGAUGGCAAAAGGGGGUGCAACUCAAUAUUAGUUAGGUGUUCCUAAUGUUUUGGACACUCAGUAUGCAUAUACUGUAUAUAUUUGUUUGUUUUUGGAAAUUGAUCUGCAGGCCUACAAAAGGUGGACGGCCAUUUGCCCAUUUCUGCUCUAGACCUUCCCCAUACUUAAUGAUUAGCUCAAGUGAGCCAUUUAUAUCUAACAGGACUAACAUUUGUUGUUAUUUUGCUGUGCAGGGCAGCCAGAAUCAGUUCAAAGAGUUGUGGGAGGAAGCAGAUGGUCUUGACCCUGAAGAUUUUGACCCCAAGACCUUUUUCAAGCUGCAUGGUAAGUCCUCAUCAAUAGACAUCACAGGCUGGGGCUGGGAGAUCCAUCUCACGGAGUUCCUCAACAUUCUCGCGUUUGAAUUUUCAGAUUCCAAUGGAGAUGGCUUCUUCGAUGAGCAGGAAUUGGAGGCGUUGUUUACAAAGGAGGUAAAGAUUUGUCCUCUUUUUGAAUGUCUCACCUGAAAUGAUAAUGAAACGUGUGCGUGUAUAGAUAACGGUUUAUUCUGUGGGCCUCAGCUGGAGAAGAUCUAUGAUCCUACCAAUGAAGAGGACGAUAUGGUGGAGAUGGAGGAGGAGCGCCUGCGUAUGAGAGAGCACGUCAUGAACGAGGUGUACUGUUGUCACGGCCGUGAACCUUGCAUACUAUAUUCCCAAGGAUUGCUAUCACUGAAAGUUAGAGAUUGGUUUCAUUGAUAUAAAGAAAUAAAUAGUUCACAUGGUGACUGAUCUCUCACUGUUCACAGGUGGACACCAACAAAGACAGACUGGUCUCCUUAGAAGAGUUCCUGAUUGCCACAAAGAAAAAGGAAUUCCUGGAACCAGAUAGUUGGGAGGUGUGUAGCUAUAUCUAUUCAACUCUCAUUCAUACUGACCUACUUUUAAUACUUCAACAUUAUAACUCAUUAUUAUGAAACGGAAAGAGUAACAAAAAUCAUACCAUAUCUGUAAAUACCCCUACAUUCAACCACACUGUAAUUCUGUUGCUUUUUAAAUCAGUAAGGAGAGGUAGAAGGGUAUGAACUGACACGGCCUCCUUUGUUAGACCCUAGAGCAGAACCAGGCCUACACAGAUGAGGAGAUGAGGGAGUUUGAGGAGCACCUGGCCCAGCAGGAAGAGGACCUCAACCAGAAAGCAUCAGAACUCCAGAAACAGAGGGAUGAGUUGGAGAGGCAGCAGGAACAGCUCAACACACAGAAAGUAGAGCUUCAGCAGGUACAGUGGGCAGUGGUAGAACAGACACAACCAAUAGGUUCUCUGUUACUGGAAUGCACUUCUUCUGUGUGGUAUUGUUUUGUGUGGUAUUGUUCUUUUUGACAUGAGCUGCCAUAUUUACCUACAACAAUCCAUUGAGGUGUCUGUGCUUAUCUCUAUCUGUUUGUCUGUGGUGUUUCAGGCAGUAGAACACAUGGAACGGUUGAAAACCCAGAAAGUUGAGCCCCCUCCAGAGGUUCAUGGUGAGUGAUGGUUUACCCCUAUUCCAUUUUCUCUUUACUGGUGUGUCGUGUAUUUUUCAGAAUGUAGAGGAAAAUGUAUCUCAAGAUUUGAAAAAUGAACUGUAUUCAAAACUCGACUCUCUUUUUCAGUAGAAGGGAAUGCUAUCCCAGAGCCACAAGGAGAGAACCAUCCGUUGUCCCCGGGCCACCAAGAUAUGUCCCAAAACCACCCGGGUAUGAAGCAAGACAACCACCUCCAGAACCAAAUACCCCACAACAUCCAGGAUUUGUCCCAACCACGUCUCCAGGAUCUGCCACCAGGCCAUCAGGCAGUGCCAUAG